AAGAGGAAGCGGGAGGAGACGCAAAGAAAGGCCGACGUCCUGUUGGUAGUUGGCUGCCGCCGUCGCCUCGGCAGUUUUUUCUUCACGGCUAUGAUUGACAGAGUCAGCAGAGGUUUACACGGGCAUGUCCGCACACUUGCUCGUUUGUUAUCUUAACAGAAAGACGUGCAGCAUGGCGGCUGAAACCGGAGCACAGGGCUGUCGGCGGCGGCGGAGGACGGUAGCCUGCGCCGGGCUCCUGAGGAUCUUAUUUAUUGCUUUUAUUCACACGACGCGGGCGAAUAAACAAGCAUUCAUUCAGUCAGACACAAUUCUAGAAGUUCUACAUUUUGGCGAGGGCAGCCUUUUACAGGCAGAAUCUGACAUCGAUUUUAGUUUAUAUCAUCAACAAAGCACGUCUACGCACCGUGGGAAUUGUCGACCUAUACGAUUUGAACCUCCAAUGUUGGAUUUCCAUGAACAGCCCGUUGGAAUGCCAAAAAUGGAAAAAGUUUAUUUACAUAACCCUAGCUCAGAAGAAAUUAGUUUGAUAUCAAUAUCAGCAACAACGGCACAUUUUCACGCAUCCUUUUUUCAGAAUAGGAUAAUACCCCCAGGAGGGAACACGUCGUUCGAUGUGGUGUUUCUCGCUCGAGUAGUUGGAAAUGUAGAAAACACAUUAUUUAUUAAUACGUCGCAUCACGGAGUGUUUACAUACCAGGUUUUCGGGGUCGGCAUCCCAAACCCCUACAGACUGCGACCCUUCAUUGGGGCCCGAGUCCCAGUAAACAGCAGUUUCUCACCUCUUAUAAACAUCCACAACCCAUACAGUGAACCACUGCAGGUGGUUGAGAUGUAUUCCAGUGGUGGGGAUUUGCAUCUAGAGCUUCCCACAGGCCAACAAGGAGGCACUAUAAAAUUAUGGGAGAUUCCCCCAUUUGAGACGAAAGGGGUGAUGAGAGCCAGCUUCUCAUCCAGAGAUGUGGACAACCACACAGCUUUCAUCAGAAUCAAAACCAAUGCUCCCAAUGAGGACCAGUUCAUCAUCCUCCCCGUAGAGGUGGAGGUCACAUCAGCCCCUGGCAUAUAUUCCUCCACAGAGAUGUUAGACUUUGGUACACUUCGAUCACAAGAUCGUCCAAAGCUGCUGAAUCUGCACCUUUUAAAUUCAGGAAUGAAAGAUGUUCCCAUUACGAGUGUACGUACAACACCGUCAAACGAAGCCGUCACAAUAGACUUCAAGGCAGUUACACUCAAAGCUGGAGAGAACAGAUAUACCAAAGUUGCAAGUAUUAGUUUUGAUGCUUCAAAAGCCAGAAGACCAUAUCAGUUCUCUGGUAAAAUAACUGUUAAAGCAAAAGAGAAGAGUUAUUCCAAGCUCGAAAUCCCAUACCAGGCAGAUGUUUUAGAAGGCUACCUGGGCUUUGACCACACAGCCACAUUGUUCCACAUCAGGGACAGCCCCGUGGACCCAGUGGACAGACCCAUCUUCCUGACAAAUGCCUUCAGCUUUGCAAUCCGGAUACACCACGUGUCCCUCCCCGAAGAGGCCAAAACAAUGUUUAAUGUGCAGAACUUCAGCACACCCAUCCUCAUCCACCCACACGAGUCGCGUUACAUCUUCUCCCUCCUCUUCCGACCAGUUCGACCAUCCAUCCACAUAGACAGCAACAUCCUGCUCAUCACAAAUGCUUCAAAGUUUCACCUGCCUGUUCGGGCAUACACUGGCUUCUUGGAGCCUCUGGUUCUGCCUCCCAGUCUGAAGGAGAACCUGCUGGACUUUGGUAUCCGCAGUGCAACGGACACCAGCAGCAUCAUAUUUGUGGUGGUCAACAGUAACCCCAUAGAGCUGGAGAUCAAGUCCUGGCUAGUCACAGGAGACAGUCUCUCCAUGGAGCUGCUAAAAACAGAAAAAGGAAACACAACGGUGGCCCAAACUCACCUGGAAGAGCUGCAGAACACCUCAGCCUCCCAUCAUAAAACGGUCAUAUUAGCAUCCGGCUAUUAUGCAGCAUUCAGAGUGACACUCGUGGCCAAAGCUCUGGAGGGCACAUACGAUGGGGCCGUGCACCUCACUACAGAUUAUGAGAUAUUAACCAUCCCGGUGAAAGCUGUCAUCGCAGUGGGCACAUUGAACAGCUCCCCCAAACACAUCAUCUUGCCACCUUCAUUUCCUGGGAAGGUAGUUCAUCAAAGCUUCAGCAUACAGAGCGCCUUCACACAGAAAGUGAGACUUGAGCAGAUCCGCUCCCUGACAGAAGACAUUCGAUUUUAUUACAAACGUCUCCGCAACAGCAAAGACGAGCUGGAGCCCCGACGGAAAUCUAAGGUGGCAAAUAUUUAUUUUGAUGCCGGCUUGCAGUGUGGUGAUCACUGUUAUGUGGGCCUGCCAUUUGUGCUUAAAUCUGAGUCCAAACCUCACGGGCUGGCGUUGCAGGAGGAUAUCUGGGACUCUGAUGUAGAUCUUCACCAAAAACUCCUCAGACGAUGGAAUGAGCUCAACGAGCACUCUGGGCACCAGAUUGAAGCCGUCUUUGAAGUUAACACAGACCUCCAGAAAAAUGUGCAGGCGAAAAUAACCGCACACCUGACGUGGCCUUCGCUGGUCAACUCUUCGCAGAGAAUCACGUUCCCCCUGACCAACACCAACAGCUCCUCUGAUGAGGAGGUGAUUCUGCAGAACCCUGCAGAUGUCCCUGUUUAUGUCCAGGUGCUCCCCUUGGCACUGUUACCCAACCCUUCUGUGUUUUCUGGAAAACUGGCCGACAGGUUUCCUUUAGGAAAUUUGUCCAACAUCAACAUCGACACAAACACCUUAGAGUUCCAGGUUCACAGAAAUCAAACGUCCUUAAUGAGGAGCAGUACAGGCUUUGUAGAAGGACCAACCAGGCCCUUUGUGUACAACCUCCUCCUGCAGCCUGGAGAAGUUAAGUCGUUCAACGUGAGGUUCACUCCCGUUGGCAACCACAGUGUCUCCUCCCUCCUAAUAGUCAGGAACAACCUGACUGUGAUCGACACGAUCAUACUUCAUGGACGAGGCACGACAGAGAGCCUGAAAGUUGGAGGGAAACUUCCAGGACAAGGCAGCUCGCUGAGGUUUAAGAUGACUGAAGCUCUGCUGAAAGACUGUACAGAGAAAACAAAAGUAAAAGAGCCAAACUUCACUCUGAAAAGGACGUUCAGAGUGGAGAACACGGGCUUGCUCCCGAUCACCAUCAAAUCAGCAGAAAUCAACGGGCAGGCCUGCGAAGGCUUCGGAUUCAAAGUUCUCAACUGCCAAGAGUUUUCACUCAAGCCAAAUACUUCGAAAGACCUCAUCAUACUGUUUACACCCGACUUCACUUCUUCUCGAGUGAUCCGGGAGCUGAAGCUGGUGUCGUGCGGCGGUUCAGAGUUUGUGUUUGUCCUCAACGCCUCGCUGCCCUAUCACAUGUUAGCCACAUGUGCAGAGACCCUGCCCAGACCCACCUGGGAGCUGGAGCUCUACAUCAUUGUGUCUGUCAUUAUGAGUUUCAUGUUUCUGCUGGUGAUCACCACAGCGUACCUGGAGGCUCAAAGCAUAUGGGAGCCUUUCAAGAGACGUGUGUCCGUGGAAUCCAACUCCACCUUGGAAACGGGGAGACCCUUUAAUCUCAGGGAAAUUGUGCAAAUUCACAGUGACUCAAAAAAUUUCAGUCAGGAUACUUUGAGUGGCGUGGUGCUCUCACGAUGUCUCCGACUCAUUCCACCAUGGCUGAACGACUACAGCGACUCAGCCCAGAGCUCCAGAGGUCUAUACGCGUCCAGCAACGGAGCAGCUCGUGGAGGCCGACAGGGCAGCAGCCGUACCUCGUCAGACUCCGACAGCCAGGGUAACAGGUCCAGGAUCAGCUUCACCCGCCCAUCUAUGCAAGCUCCUUCCUCCCAGCUCACCAAAGGAAGUUCAGCCUCAGGCCAAGAAGGCCCUCCACCCGCCUGCCAGCUAACCAACCGCAAAGGUCGCGGCACCAAACAGUUGGACCUCCAGAGUCAAAGUUUAGGCAGCUCAUCACUGCCUCACAGAGGCAUCUGCCCCGAUGAAGCCGAGUAUGCCAACCUCAUAGGAGCCAUGGACAACGACCUCGACCGUCCAGAGUCGCUCAGUACCGAAGCGCUUCGGGAGCAGAACUCCAUACAAAGCAAAGUGUUGGAAUCCAAAGGGAAGCUGCGCAAAGUAAAAGCCCAGAAGAAGAAGGAAGAGAAGGAGAAAAAGUCAACAGUAAAGACUCAGGGAGACGACAAUGACGACAACUCCUCCACGACUACAGAGACCUCCAAUCCAGACACGGAGACAAACAUUAAAGAGGAGCCAGCAAAAGAGAAAGGAGGGACAGGAACCACGGAAACGGCAAAAGAAGAACCCUCAAAUUUUCUCAUUAAACUCAAAACCAAGAAACAAGGAACCACAAAGAAGGAGAACCCAGCAGAAAAAUCCAGUUCCCUGGAGCUGCCCUAUGUAACACCGCUGGAGACCAAACAACGGAAGAACUUCCCAUCCAAGUCUCUCCACCCUCUCACCAACAUCACAAAGACGAGACCUCUACAGAAACAGAGAUUAGAUGGAAGGCUGGAGGACGGGGGAACCUCCUUUUUCCCCAAAGUGACUGAGCCGGGACACAGCAGCAGCUCUGAAGGAGAGAAGGAGUGCGCUUCACCCGAGUGGGACGUCCCUUUCCCCCCAAACAGCAUCCCGGCAGACAGUCUUCAACAGAUCUCCAUCCAGACAAUAAACGCCGAUCCUUUCCUGAAGCGAUCAGCCACAGCUGGAGCCUGCUCCCCUCCACCAACCUCCCCCAGCUUACUGUCCCGGGGCACCUAUAGCAGCGUGGUCAGCAGCAAGAGUGAGAUGAACCAGAAGAAGGCCCCAGGAAAUAAAGUCUCUGCAGUCCUGCCACAGCCAGGCAAAAAUGGGAACCUCACCUUUGCUGAUGCCGUAACUAAAGGUUAUGACAAAAGCCCAGGUGGCUCUGGCCCAGGUAAAACCGACAGCCAAAGCAAGAGUCUGGAGCACAUGAGAUCAUUUGAAAGCGACAGCUCGGACAGCUCUGGAUUGUGGAGUCCAGUCGACACAGCCAGCAGUCCAAACUACCAGUCAGCCAACUCUUUCUCCGCUUUUGGGUCCAACAACCCCUUCAACCUGACGGUGUUCAGUGGAAUGAGUCUCCAAAAGCCAUCUGAGCCGCCGCAGAGCUGGCCCGAGUUCACCACCGCCGUCCCUUCCUCCUCCAUCUGGAACACACCGACCCCCAGCGACCCCCUGCACUCCUGGCCCAGCAGCUCCAGCCCCCCGCCCGCCCCGACCACAUCACUCCUGGGAAGUGGCCGCAACCCCUGGUCUACGACGACACCCUUCAGCAGCUCCAUUUGGUCAACAAAUGCAGAUCCAGCCUUAAACCCCUUCCCUCCAACCACCAACUCGACACCUCUGACCGAUCUGGUCAGCAGCUCCGCACCAUCUCCGGCCGCGGUGGCUUCCACAGAGAUGAGUCGCACCUACAACACCUGGAGCAUGUGGGGCCCCAGCCUGAACAGGCGCAGCUCUGAGCCCUGGCCCAGCUCCUUCAACAACAACAACUAAAAGGCCACGCCGUAGCACUUAAGACAAGCCCUCUGUACGCUAAAUCAGAUUCUUCUGUAAUUAGGGUCUCGACAGGAAGCAGCCUGGAGCGAUCAGCAGCCCGGUGCUGCGUUUAGGUUUCUGCAGCUUUUUAUUCACGAGGGGUGGGGGUGCAGAAAUGCUAACUUUUAUUUGGAUUUCUUUUAACAGGUGCCCCUAAAUUUAAAGAGGUAAUGGCACAGUGAACGUUAACCCCUGCUGAUAUAGAAAGGCUGAUGAUGCUGCAUUCCUCCUUUAAAAGGCGGAACAUGGAGCAGAAUCUCUAAAGUUCAGUAUUAAUGUUGGAACAGACGUCGUAUUUGAAGCCAUAUGUCCUGAUUUCACCAUCAGUUUGGUUCCUGUUGGCAGUUUUGAAGUCAGUUUUUGCACCAUUGCACCAGGUUUUUAUUUGGCUGCAGAGAUCUUAAAUAAAUCUGAAAUUCAUGUUCCCCUCUUUGUUUUUUCAAGCACGGGCCUAGCCCUCCAAAUAUCAAAGCUGUCUGUGGGAAUAAACUGGUCAGGUGAUCAAAAAAUAUUUAAGUUUGAGGUUUGACUUGUACAUCACCUCAAUUUGUCAGCAAAUUCAAAUAAAGGAUUUC